AUGAGUAAUCUGCAAUUUGAUCCUUCAGAAGUGUGCAAUAUCAACGUAGGUGUAAUGGGACACGUUGAUUCUGGUAAAACGAGUUUGGUAAAAUCUCUGAGUGCCAUUUUGUCAACUGCUUCUUUAGACAAGAAUCCACAAAGUCGUCAGCGUGGUAUUACUCUGGAUCUGGGUUUUAGUGCAUUUCUGUCCGAUAUCCCUAGUCAUAUAUCAAGUGACAAAUAUAAGUACAUUCAAUACACUCUUGUCGAUUGUCCUGGUCAUGCUAGCCUUAUCCGAACGAUUCUUGGAGGAGCCCAGAUCAUCGACAUGUUAAUCAUCGUAAUCGACUGUUUGAAAGGUAUUCAAGCCCAAACAGCCGAAUGUAUUGUUAUCGGCGAAAUCACAACCAACAAGGCUAUCAUUGCUUUAAACAAGAUCGAUCUAAUUCCAGAAGCGGAACGAUCGGAUCGGAUCAAAACUGUGAUUUCAAGUCUGCAGAAAACACUUUCCAAAACUCGCUUUAAGAACGCUUCGAUUGUUUGGAUGUGCUAUGUUUUUAAAAUAGAUUCCUGUAUCUGCGCAACUCCGCUCUAUUUCAUUUACGAUCAUUGUUUCCAGUUGGCGGGCAAGGGCUGCGUCAUGACGGGCACCGUAUUGUCCGGAAGUGUGUCCGUGAAUGAUGAAAUCGAAUUCCCCUCGCUGCACUUAACUCGGAAAGUGAAAAGCAUUCAAAUGUUCCAUAAGGGAAUUGACAAAGUACUCAAAGGAGAUCGGGCUGGGAUUUGUGUUCAAUCGUUCGAUUUUAAGUCAGAGCGAGGUGAAGCAUGCGCCGUUGGAUCUCUGAAAGCGAUGCAAAACAUUUUGAUUCGGUUGAAGAAGAUUCGCUUUUACAAAGGCGAUGUGAAAAGCGGCUCCACGUUUUCUGUGAGUAUUGGUCAUCACACAGUUUCUGCGACAAUCACGUUGUUUAGCGAUAUGGAAAAAGAAGGUUUGAUGAAUGGUGCUAAACCUGAUUCUCCACAUCACCAUCGUUCCUCUCUUUUCCCCUCUUUCUCACACAUAGCCACGCUCUGGGCGCUUCUGCAGCUCGAGCAAACCAUUUACGCGCCAUUGGGAGCGCUGCUCAUCGGCAGUCAACUCAAUUCUCAGGUCGAUGGGACCUGCCGAAUCGCGUUUUACGCCAAAGUCAUCCAGGCUCUCUCCCCCAAGAAAGAAGACCUCAGUGUUCUGCGAGUUUUCAAACCCAAGCAGCGAACCGCGAUAGUUGAUCGGAUUGUGAAUGAGAGAGAAGUGAUCGGAACCAAUCUGACAGAGAAAGGAGGCACUAUCGCUGCUUUUGUGGGGUUGGAUGUGGUGACGAAGAGCGGAUUGAAGGGAAGAAUCGACGCGCCUUUUGGAAAGUCUGGGAAGUUUAAGGUGGUGUUCUCGGAGGAGCAUCAUUUGGAAAAGAAUGAAGAAUUCGUGAUCAACUUCAAGCGGUACGUGUUUGACAAGGAGAAGAAGAUUAUUCAGGAUUGGUCUGUUUGUUACACAUUCCUUGACCUAGCUUCGAAGUGA